UGAAAAGCCCAAUGAUACCCCUUCAAGUAGAAGCUUUCAGUGCUGUUAAAGAAGAGAAAGUAAUUCUUGAAGAGAGUAAUAAAAUUGGAAGAAUGCUUGCAAACAGUUCAUAUUAUAACUCGUUUAAAGCAGAAUUAGAGGAUGGAGAUUCAUCUUCAGUUGCAAACUUUGAAGAUGAAAUUGUGAGUUCAAACCUUAGUUUUUAUUUUCAAGAUAAUAGAGGCUAUAUAAAGAAAACUCCCUUUAUUGAUUCGUUCAGCUUCAAUAAGCUAAUUUGAAUUGGGAUGAAAAGACAAGAUAAAUAUAUUGAUAAAAUGUUAAACUCUUGUUUUCCUUGAAGUGUAAAUAAGCUUAGGAUUUUAGCUCUUAAUAUAUCGUGAGCUUCCAUAUCAAGUUAUUUACAUCAACUAGCUAGAAUCAGUUGCAGAGUCCAAAAGGAUAUAUAUUUAACUCAAUUUCAAAUGAAUCUUCCUCAGUUGAAGAGAUUCAUAUCAGCUUUUAAGCACACUAAAAAAAUAUGCUUCCGAUUUUGAGAAUUUGGAAUAUUUGUUCCUCCUGAUUUUUCAAAAUCUCUGAAAGGCACUAAAAUCCAAUAUCUUAAUUUCACCGGAUGAAAUUUUAUAAAAUCAACUGAUUUAAAAACUAACCAAGAAGGAUUUGAAAAUUUAAUUCAAGGGCUGUCCUCCUCAGAUUUCCUCCUCAGCAUCAGAGAAAUACUCACCCUAUACUGUCAGAUCGAUAUGAGCCAAGUAAAAUCCAUCCUUGACAAGCACAAGCUCAAAUGGUUUAAAAAAUCUGAUCCCUCUCUACCCUAAAUUUCUUCUAAUUUCA